AGUCCUCUCGGCUGUCUGGAGCUGAAUGGCUGGCAGUCCGCGGCUCCCCCGCCUCCGGCCCGGCAGCCACAGGUCGGAGGCUCCCGGCGUCGGCGCUCGAGGCCGGCAGGGGCGCCCUGCACCCUCCCGCGCCCUUCCCCGCCCUACGCUACUCCCUGCUGCUCUACCCGCCACUCCCCGGGGCUUUGCGAUCUUCCCUACGCCCCCCGGGAAGGGGGCGCUGCGGCCACCGAAGACACCGCGGGAGCCACUUGUCCCUGUGGGCCCAGCCCGCGAGAGCCCGAGAGCGGGAUCUGUUUACACAGGGUACUAAUUAGUCUUUGAGGAAUCAUUCACCCAAGUGCCAAAGUAAUUGUCCAUGUCAGGAAGGUAGGCGUGCCAAGCCGGGGCUCUGCGGAGAAACCACGACCACCGCGGCCGCCGGAAACCCAACGCGCUCCAUAGCGUCCCCGGGUGGCCGGGCAGCACCAGGGACAGCGCCCGGGACUCCACUGGGGACCGGCUCCUGGGCUUCCCAGCGUCGCGGGUAGAGGUACAGCUGCUCCGUGUGCCGCAGGCUCCAGAUUCUCGCCACCCCACCCCUCCCUCAGAAACUCGGACUGCUCUCGUCUGCCGUGUGGUUCUCUUUUCUUCCGAAAGGCCAGUGUCUUAUCUCUCAACUUCAAGUCCAGAGGACUUGCCCAGUCUCCUCCCCUUAAGUCAUUUCCACCAUCCUCAGGCAGCUGUGGGAAGCCGAGAGUCCUGGACUGUUCGUCCGGGUGCCAGCGCUGGCAGUCCCAGUCCGUCCGGUGCAGCAGCCCGGCGCUUUCCCCUCUCUCCCUCCCUCUUGCUCUCCCUCCCUUUCUGUCUUCCUCUCUUUCCUCGUCUACUGCUCCCUCCCUCUCUUGCCUCUUAAGUUUCCUCCACCGUGAAUCCAACUGUGCCAAGCCUUGGCUCCCGCGAACCAAUCCUGAGCGCGACCCAGGCACUGGGACCGCGACUCCGCCAAAGCUGGACGAGGCAGCCGGACCCGUCUGCGCUCGAGCAUGGAGACGGAGCGCCUGGGAGGGCACGUCCGGGGCACUGGAGACGCCAGGCCCCAGUAGCUCCUCCAUGGAGCCUGCCCAGAGCUGUCCCUUCUCGCAGGAUUCGCCCCAAGUCCUGUGCGGCUGCUGAGAGCGCUCCUUGCUCUGUAAAGUGGAUGUCAGGUGGAUCUAUGUUUUUGAAGGAACAAAGACUCAAAGGAGGCACCGCCAAGGAAGUUUGAGACGCGGGAGAAUGCAGGCUGCGUGCUGGUACGUGCUUCUCCUCCUGCAGCCCACCGUCUACUUGGUCACAUGUGCCAAUUUAACGAACGGUGGAAAGUCAGAACUUCUGAAAUCAGGAAGUAGCAAAUCCACACUAAAGCACAUAUGGACAGAAAGCAGCAAAGACUUGUCUAUCAGCCGACUCCUGUCACAGACUUUUCGUGGCAAAGAGAAUGAUACAGAUUUGGACCUGAGAUAUGACACCCCAGAACCUUAUUCUGAGCAAGACCUCUGGGACUGGCUGAGGAACUCCACAGACCUUCAAGAGCCUCGGCCCAGGGCCAAGAGAAGGCCCAUUGUUAAAACGGGCAAGUUUAAGAAAAUGUUUGGAUGGGGCGAUUUUCAUUCCAACAUCAAAACAGUGAAGCUGAACCUGUUGAUAACUGGAAAAAUUGUAGAUCAUGGCAAUGGGACAUUUAGUGUUUAUUUCAGGCAUAAUUCAACUGGUCAAGGGAAUGUAUCUGUCAGCUUGGUACCCCCUACAAAAAUCGUGGAAUUUGACUUGGCACAACAAACCAUGAUUGAUGCCAAAGAUUCCAAGUCUUUUAAUUGUCGCAUUGAAUAUGAAAAGGUUGACAAGGCUACCAAGAACACACUCUGCAACUAUGACCCUUCAAAAACCUGUUACCAGGAGCAGACCCAAAGUCAUGUAUCCUGGCUCUGCUCCAAGCCCUUUAAGGUGAUCUGUAUUUACAUUUCCUUUUAUAGUACAGAUUAUAAACUGGUACAGAAAGUGUGCCCUGACUACAACUACCACAGUGACACACCUUACUUUCCCUCGGGAUGAAGGUGAACAUGGGGGUGAGACUGAAGCCUGAGGAAUUAAAGGUCAUAUGACAGGGCUGUUACCUCAAAGAAGAAGGUCACAUCUGUUGCCUGGAAUGUGUCUACACUGCUGCUCUUGUCAACUGGCUGCAAAUACACUAGUGGAAAACAAUCUGAUGUAAUUUCUGCCCAGUCAGCUUCAUCCCUCAGUAUAAUUGUAAAUCAUCACAGAUUUUGAAGUCACACCUGAAGACAUGUUCUCACAUAUAGAGGUACACAAACACACUGUCAUGCACAUUUCAGCUUGCAUCUAUCAUGAUUCCUGUUGACAGGGCUUUCAUUGUCUGACUCAUAAUGGUUCAGGAUCAACUGUCAUCAAACGGAAGGAUUAACUAGACAGAGAAUGUUUCUAACACUUGCUGUUAUGGAAAUCUCUUUUAAAGUCUUGAGUACAUGCUAAUCAAUAAUCCCCACUCAUGCAUUCCUACUGCUUGGAGUAGCUGUACUGGUAAAUACUACUGUAGGAGUAUCUGCUUGUUAAAAUGGAAAAAUGUGUCUUUAGAGCUCAGUAUUCUUUAUUUUACAAACACAACAAAAUGUAGUAACUUUUUUCCGGCAUACAGUAGGCACAUUCAAGGUGGUCCAAGAUGGCUCUUUUUUCUAUGAAAAGGGCCUGUUCUCAGUAAAGAUGAGCAAACAUUUGGAAUUUACAUGUGGGCAGACAUUGGGAUAACAACUUUCAUCACCAAUCAUUGGACUUUUGUGAAGUUGAGACCAGCUAAGGCUACUUAAAUAAGUUCUGAUCACUACAUAAGAAGGGAAAUUCCUGGCAGACACCAUGUAAGUUAUAAGUGUCUGUCUUAUCUUUACUACACAUAUUGUAACAAAUUCAAUAUCCUAGUCUUCAUUUGUAUGAAUGGUUUGUAUUGUACAUAGUUUAACCAAGUGUUAUUUGAGCUGCUUAUUAAUAUUAACUUGUACUUGUCUCUCUGCUUGUUAUUGGUUAAGAAAAAAGGAUAUGAGGAAUUCAUUUUAUCAAUGUAGCUGUGAACGCCAUUAAAAAGACAAACUUAAUGUACAGAGCAUUUAUUCAGAUCAAGUAUUGUUGAAAGCUAUACAUAUACAACAUUACAGUCUGUCUGUAUCUAGAUAUUUUAUUUCUGGACAAAAUGAAAUGUACAUAAAAAUAAAACACUUAAAGUUGAGUUUCAAUAUGUACUUGUGUAAGAUGGUGAUUUAAAUGUUUCUGACAAGAAGAAUGUGCUGGAAUACAGUCCUGGCUUUGCAUCUCAUAUCUCUAAAUUUGUACAGAACUAUCUAAACUGUUGUUAGUUGCCCAGUCAAAACAACUUAAGAGUUUCAAUCUGAAGCCUGGGGAAUUUGUGGCAUAUAGCGUUGCACACAUUUUUGGUUUACUGUCAUGCUAGUUAUUCAAGAAUACCAAAAAUCAAUGAACAUAAGGAGAUAAUUGAGGUCUCCUAAAUUAAUUAUGUAUAGUUGAAUUAUUUCCUGACCAGUCUUUAUUUAGCAGAAGAACGGAAGUGAAAGCAUUCUUUUUGCUUUAACAGAGUCAAGAUGCCUGAAGAUUGUGGCUGAAUUUUCCUGAUUAUACUGUAAUGACUCAACUCAACUGAAGAAAUUGUGAUAACAUUGGAGGGCUUCAAUGCUCAAUUUACCUAUAGCAGAUUGGAUCAACUUUAUUUAGCAUUGUUUAUGGACAUUAACUUUAUUUUAAAAAAUAAUUGCUGUACACAGUCUCAGCAAAAUAACCAGAUGAAGAAAUAUGUGAGGUGACCAAUUUUUAAAGCCACGAGUUAGGAAUUGGAAUUUGAAUUGUUUCAAAGGUUAACAAACUAUGUCAAAUUAAGAACACAAAUUCAUUAUCAUCUUCCCCUUAUGGUACUUAGAAGUAAGUCUGUUUUCAUAUAGAAAAUAAUGAAAGUACUGCAAGAGAAACAAAACCACAGAGUUCUAAAGUGAGAACUCAAUAACCGAUUUGAUUAACGAGAGUCAACUGCAAAUCAAACACUCAUUACUCUGUUAAAUGUCCAUUUCUUGAAAUGCUCCAAGAUAUCUAGACCAUUUAUAUCAAUAUAUUUAGUAAUUAAUUUACUGUAGAAUUUAGAAGCUAAUGUUAGAACAGCAUCUCUUUGGCACAACAGGCAGUAAGACCUUAAUGAGUCCUGGCAGCUGAACAUACUUGCCGUAGAUAAAUCUUGUCACUCUGGAGUUUAUUUAUCAAAAGUGAUCACUUAGGAAUUAGUUGGCUCUUAGCAAACAUGAGAGUAAGAAAGGAAAAAAUAUAUUUUUAAAGGAUCAUUUGAUGAGUGGACUAUGAGUGUCAUUGUAUGGUCUGAUCUGUCAUUUUGUAAUCCAAAAUUCAAAGUAAGAUAAAAAUGUGCUUCAGUCUCCAACCCUCUAUCUUGCAUUCUAACCGCCCAGUGAAAUGUAGCUUAUACAGUUUUAUAAACACACAGAACACAGCUAACUAACAUUCAUAGACUGAAAUGUUUUGCUGAGAUUUUCUUUAGAAGAAAAACAAAAUAGGAAGCAAAGAUGUAGCAAACUUCCAACAAGUAUUUUAAUUUUACAAAAUCCAAACCUUCAGGACCCUUAUUCUGGGCUGGUACACACUCAGCCCGAACUUCUAUAUCAACAACAUCUCUAUCUGUAAUAGAGAAAAAUUAUUAUGAUAUAGAACUUUGAUUCAAAGAAAUGUAUUUUCACCCAUUAAAUUCUUCCUUUCUUGGACAAGGAAAUGGGUGAAGGAAGAUGAUCAAUGUCAAAGAACAAAGGCUCAGAGGAAAACUAUUAGACCAACUUGUUGCUUAAACAAACUGGUUAAGUUUUAACUGUGUUAGAAAAUGCUUUUGUUAUUUGGAAAAUAAACUUUAAGCAACACUAAGAAAAUAACAUUCUCUAGAAUCCUAAAUGUUAUUUCAUGCCUUUGCUGAAGUAUAGAAAAAAAAACUUCCAGGUGGAAAUGCUUAGUAUCUGAUGCAAACAUGGGUUUGUCAUCUCCUAUUGUUCAUUUCAAAAACAUUUUAGUAAAAUUUUAUUAUAAAGUAAUGAUUGUUGUAGCUUCUUGCCUCAUGGAAGAAAAAUGAUACAAAUUACUGGUUUAUCUCUUUAUGAAACAAAAAAAAUGAAUUGUCAUGUUAUGUUCUCAGUUGGGCAUUUUUGGGUCCAUGGCUCUUGAGAGCAUUUCUCUGAACGAGUUGAAGGGGCAUACCUGGUAAUGUCACACAGUAAAGUUCUGGAAGUGAUUACUUUGCAAGUAAUUGAGAUACUUGUUAAAUUUAAAAGUGUGGACUGGGAAUCUUCAGGUUCCUACAUUUCAGCAAUAAAUUGUAAGCCAUAUUUUUGCACAGAAUAGAUUAAAAAAUCAUGAGAAGCCUGAGAAAGUGUUUUCUUUUCACUUUUUUCCCACUGCUUUAUAUGUAAGAAGCAGCCUAACCAAUAAACAGCUCUUUGGAAAAGUAAUGUCCAUCUUCA